GGAGAAGAUAUCGGCUCAAAAGUACUUACUACACCUUCCUUGAGUUCUCUAGAAACGUCAGAAACACGUUCCUUCCUCUGCGGGUAUUCCUCGACACUAGAUCGCUGAAGAGACCGUUCUCUCUCUAUCGCGAUUCGAUAACCCAGGCAUCGUCCCGACUCGAAUGACAAGCUUAAGGGGAGGGAAUUCCCUCUGAUAUAAGAGCAAGCGAGGAUGAACAUAAUUUCUUCAUCGAAAACGAAAGUUUGCAAUGUGGACAAGCCUCUCAUCAAGCCCCGGAGCGACAUACACCUGUCGAUAUAUGGACUCUUAUUCUCUGAGAUAGUUCAAUACUGCCAGAACAGGGCCUCCACAAUCGUCGAAACCCAAACAAAGCUAGCGGAGCUGGGUCAGCACAUAGGACAGAGGGUCAUGGAUGUGCAGGCGGUGCGUGAAAAGAACUACAAACGCGAGACCAAACUCAUCCAAAUGUUGAUAUUCAUCAAGGGCUCCAUAUGGAAAAAUCUUUUCGGGAAGGAAGCUGACAAGCUGGAACAAGCAAAUGGAGACGACAAAACGUACUACAUCAUAGAUCAAGAACCGCUCGUCAACAAAUUCAUUUCUGUACCCAAGGACCUGAGCAGCUUGAACUGCGCCGCCUUCAUGGCGGGGAUCGUUGAAGCUAUCAUGGUUGGAGCUAAUUUCCCCUGUAAAGUGACCGCCUGCUCACACAAUGGAACAACGUUCAUAAUCAAGCUGAACUAGUCCGGAUGAAUAUCUUCUGUAUACUUGGAGACGCAGUCGCGGUCGUUGGAUUUUCAAUUUAUGAAUAAAAGACUGUUUCAA